UGGUGAGAAAAGACAAUUAGUUUCACAUGCUUCUCCCCUUGUUUUAAUAAUAGAAAAUCUAAAAUCUUCUCCCAGCAGAUCAUGGGGCAGUUGUGGCUUAUUUUCUGUGCAUUGCUUCUCGUGACCAUUUCUGGAGAAAAUGAAUUGGGCACAACAAAAGAGUGUGAAGAUGCUCCCUUUGUUCCAGGGCACAAUCUUGGUGGAGAGGGAUUUGAUGUUGUGACCAUGGAGCGUAAAGGUUCUUACGUGAUCAACACGGAAAACUGGGAUUUAGGAAACGGCACUUGUACACUGAGCAGAAAUGAAUACUUAAAUGGAGUGAAACAGAAGUUACCAGCAGCAGUUGUAUUCUGGAGGAGCUUGCCAAAGUGUUCAAUGAAAGUCUCCAGUCGGAUCUUUGAAUCAAGUGAGUCAGUGGUCAAUGAUUCAUCAUCAGCACUUUCAGUCGGCUGGAAAGUUGGUCUAAAGGUAGUGGGUAAUGGAGGAGCAGCUGGAAGCACCCAUUCAAGAGAAGCUAAAUUUGCAAUGACAAAAUCAAAAGAAGACAAAUACAGUUUUACCAAACAUGAAGUUGCAUGCAGCUUCUACAGGUACAAAAUAGUCCAAACACCACCUCUUCAUGAAGAGUUUCUUAAAGCAGUCAAAUCUCUCCCUACAGCAUAUGAUGCAACUGCCUACCACAACUUGAUCAACACAUUUGGAACUCAUUAUAUCACAGAUGUGGAGUUAGGAGGAAAAAUGAAAGCCAUAACAGCCAUCAAAACCUGUCAGGCAUCAAUGAAUGGACUUACAGAUACUGCAGUCAAAGACUGUUUGGAUGUGGAAGCCUCUGGAACUGUCCAUGGAGUAACUGUGGCAGCAGAAACACAUUUUUGUAAUGAAAAGAAAAAGAAGAUGGGUACGGGUCAAACGUUUAGCAACAUGUUCAACGAACGUCAAACAGAGAUUAUUGGAGGAAACAUAAAUGGAGAAGAUUUGCUGUUUUCUGGUUCAUCACACCCAAACUCCCUUAAAACCUGGCUUGAGUCUUUGAAGACCCUUCCUGAUAUUGUGCACUACACUCUCAAACCGCUUCAUUUUCUACUGAGUGAAACAGAUCCUGCCAGGAAUGGACUUAAGAAAGCUGUUGAGGACUACAUUAAUGAAAACUCUCUAAAGAAGGUUUGUUCAGAAUCUUGUGGCAUCGGCAGGCAGUGCAGUGCGAGAGAUCGAUGUGCUUGUGUUUGUAACCCGAGUCAAAUUAUAAAGUCUAAUUGCUGUCCAGCUCAAAAAGGACUUGCCACACUGAAAGUCUACAAACUCUACGCCAAAGGUUUAUAUGGAGAUGUGGGUGGUAAAACAGAUGGUUUUGUGGAAAUCAAAUUUGGUACACAAGUCAAACGCACUGAGAUUAUUCAUGAAAAUGAUGAUCCACGUUGGCCAGAAACAUUUGAGUUUGGUCCCAUUAAGAUCAAUAUGGCUAAUCAACUAAUCUUUGAAGUAUAUGAUGCAGACGAAUACUGGAACAACGAUCUCCUUGGUAAAUGCUCAUUUGAUCUUCGAAGUGGUGUCGUGACUGACACCUGUGUCUUUAAAUAUGGCACCUUCUUUUUUACCUAUAAAGUGCAAUGUGCACCCAGUCUAGAGGGCAAUCAGUGUGAAAAUUACAAACCUUCUUCAAUGGCUUCCCAUCUUGCUAACAUUUUCAGUUCAAGAAAUGGUAUUUUGGUUAAGGACUUGUGGAAGCUAAAAUUAGCUCACAAUAUCUCAGAUAAGUUACGUUUCAAGAGCACUUAUAGAAAGUACAUGGGGUUGUACAAAUAAAACUUCUCAGAUCAAACCCCUAUGCAUUAAAAUAGUCGUAAUCUAGCACAGCUUAAUAAUCAUCAGGGCCCGGUUUUUCAAAAGGUUUAAUCUGGAUAAAAUUGAUCCGGAUUUAGUAAUCUUUUUUUUGCGAUCCGUGAUCACGUAAUCCAGCUUACUUUUGAGCCAGUUUUUCAAAGCAACAUCGGAUUGGAUCAAUCUGAUCCGGAUAGAAACUUUUCAGGAUCACCAAAUCUGGAUAACCAGUGCUCAAACAGGAUAGGAAAUUACAAUCUAGAACUAUAGAUAUGUAAAGAGCAACAAGUAGAAUAGCCAGUGUGGGGUCAAUAUAAAUUUAUUUUUAUUUGAAAUGAAAACGCACAUUUAAAAAAAAUUAUAAAAACAAGAACAACCACACACCAUCCUCUACCAGCAGUCCGCUCAUCUGAGACCUACAACACAAACACUGAAUAUAUAUAUGUAUAUAUCAAUUAGUGACAGAAUAAAAUGUAUUGUUUUUGGUCAAUUUUGACAGCUGUUUGUGGAUUAUUUUAUGGGGCCAAACUUUUUCUACAUUGCUGUAGGCCUAUACUGAAAUGCUGAAUACGUUAAAGCCUACCUAAUCACUGUAUCCUGAUGGAUGAACAAAUAAAAUUAAAACCUUAUGAAUAAAUAGGAUAUCUUGUAAGAUACUGCAUGAUCCAAAUAUAAUAUUAUUUGAUACAUUUUUAAAGUUUUAAUUACAUUUUGGCAAUGAAAUCCACGCUGAA